CCCGAAACUAGGUCAGUCCGAGUCCGACAGCCUCGACAAUGCCCCAUCAGUUCAGUCUUCGUAACAUGUGCACUUCCCCAAUGCUCCGUGGACACGCCUACGACCCUCCUCCAACCUGAGACCCUUCAGUGCCAAUUUACCCUGGUUCACAUUCAGUAUGGGAAACUGCGAAAGGGAAGCAAACUCGAAACCCUAAGUACAGAUGGUACGUAGCACUGACCUACGCAUCGGGAUCCUAUACGUCGGACGGGUCAUUUCAAGGGCUCAGUACGCCUCUAUUUAGAGCCCAGGAUCGGGUAUAUAAAAUCCGGAGAGCAAUGACUGGAGCAUCAGCUCGACCACCCUCUUCGUCAAUGCCAUGUUUGAACAACCACUCCUCACCUAUGCUAUACUCUUUAUCGUUGCCGUCAUUCUGGCCUUAGUGGUUAUGAAACCUCGACAUUCACUGCGGCACAUACCAGGGCCGCCUUCUUCUUCAUGGCUCUUCGGAAAUAUGAUCGAGCUACUUUUACCCCACCAGUAUGGUGACAGUGAAUUUCUGUGGCAAGAUAUCUAUGGUCCUGUCUAUCGCAUCAAAGGAUGUUUUGGGGAAGACAGGCUCAUGGUCUCUGACCCACGUACUUUGAAACACGUCCUCGAUGACACUACUUUUGCUCGAUCCCCUCAGCAGCAGCAGAUUGUACGAAUGCUGAUCGGAGAGCAGUCACUCUUGUAUGCUCACGGUAAUGAUCACCGACGCAUGCGAUCUGUUAUGACACCAGCAUUCUCUGCGUCGCAUGUCCGUGCCCUGCCGCCUCUUUUCAGAAGAAUAGCCCAAAACGUCAUUCAACGUUGGCGCGUGGAAGGAACUUCUGAACCGUCUGGUGUCGUCAUAGACGUGUAUCCGGCAAUUCACAACGCUACGCUGAAUAAUAUAUGUGAAGGCAUAAUGGGCUUCCAAUUCAGCGCAGAUCAGGACACUGGAAAGAGUGAAUUAGGGCGUAGUAUCCAAAACAUUGUGGCCAUGUCCUCAACGAGGUCUAAGCACAGUAUCCUAGCUGAAGGUGUUCUUCUCUAUGUACCCCCAGUGCUUCUGAAACUGGCCUUACACCUUCCCACGCACGCUCUGCGUGUACUUCGCCGUAACCGAGUGCUUGGAAAUCGCGUAUCUGAACAGCUCAUCAAAGAAAAGUACCAAGCUAUAAAACUCGGCAUGGAAUCUGAGAAGGAUCUCUUGACUGCUCUUGUGAAUGCAAAUGCCGGCUAUAAUGACAAGCGUCAGCGGAUGACCGAACAAGAAAUGAUAGAACAGAUACCAACCAUCAUGAUAUCCGGACAAGAUACAACUGGAAAUACACUAUCCUGGUGCUUGUACCAAUUUGCCCAGAAUCCUGAUUGGCAAGAGAGAAUUCGGCACGAGGUUCUGACCAUGAAGGAACAUCUCGACAGAGAGCUCACAUAUUCCGAUCUUGAGAAGCUUACGUUGAUGAAUGCUUACAUCAAGGAAAUCCUGCGUUUCCACUCUGGCCUCCCAAUGUCUGAGCGUAUCGCCACCUGUGAUGCUAUUUUACCUCUUUCUCAACCAAUCACUACCAUCAAAGGCGAAAUCAUAACUGAAAUACCUGUAAAAAAGGGCCAAUCUGUAAUUUCAGCGACUUCUUCUUAUAACCGUCUCAAAUCUAUUUGGGGAGACGAUGCGGACGUAUUUAGGCCUGAACGAUGGUUGGAAGAACUACCGAAAGGACAGGCCUUGGGGCCUUACGCAAAUCUUAUGUCUUUCUUCGGUGGUCAACGAGCAUGUAUUGGGUGGCGUUUUGCGCUAACGAGUAUGCAAGUACUUCUUGCUGAGUUACUUUGUAGCUUCACCUUUUCGUUCCCUCCCAACAAUGAGGUUCGAGCGGCUGUUGCGGUAACUCUCAUUCCCGUAAACAACGAGGGUGUUCCAGGUCUACCUAUUUGCGUCAAAUCUUUGGAUUAAUCAGGAAAAGAUCAAUUCGGUAGCGAGGCUGAGCGCAGACUGACCUGUAACAGUCCUGGGAGACUUUUCUGGUAUGUCUCUCCUCAACCCCGUGCCAUUUGUUAAGAGUUUCGUGUACACAUAAUUAAUAGUUAUGUACAGUAAUUUGAUAUGAAGUGCUUGC